CCCUCAUAAUGGGAUGUGCCACCGAGUCGCUCUGCCGGUCUAAGCUACAGCAGGUCAACAUAUUCAGAGAGGCGGGCCUAUUUGCAGACACGAUGAGCUGAGAGCUCCGAGCUGCUCAGUGGUCGUGAUUUCAUCGAUGAGGAGCUGACUUGACACACGCCUCAGACACACCGACAUGGUGACACGUGGAUUCUUGAGGGUGAGAGCACCCAGCGGUUACCGGGUGGAUUAACAGCCCGACGCAUGGGUGUGUACCCUUGGCGUUCCGGUUUGAGGAGCUCAUUUUCUGUCUCCUGGACCCGGCGAUGCGCUCGUUAAAGGAAGCGGGUUUCGCAGAGACAUCCGGAAAACGCAUCCAUGCGCCACGGCCACCCCGCAUCCCGAUAUGCCUCUGACAACACAAAGCCUGGUUUCAAGGAGCUCCGGUAAGAAACCACACAUGCAAAUCGGCAUGGGUGCCUCAACUCGGUUAUUUCGUUCUGUUAUUUGGAUGAGGCUUUGGAGCGCAGUUGUGCAAUGAGGCAAUCUGGAAUUAUCAAGUAGACUUUAUUGAUAGGCGACAAAAUCAGACAAUAUGGCUGAUCAGAGCAACAUCCAGUCCGCAGCCUCCAAGAGUAUCCGGCCCUUUAAAUCCAGUGAAGAAUACCUGUACGCCAUGAAGGAAGAUCUGGCUGAAUGGCUGAACACCUUGUACGACCUAGAUAUCACUGCAGACACCUUUAUGGACGGGCUGGAGUCCGGCUGUGGUCUAUGUCGGCACGCCAACAACGUGAACCGCGCCGCACAGGACUUCCAGCUGGAAUACCCCGAGGCUUCUCAGACCAUGAAGCUGCCAUCGAAAGAUGUGGUCUUCCAAUCGCGCAAUGUUAUCCCGGGCUCGUUUCUGGCGCGAGAUAAUGUGUCCAACUUCAUCAGCUGGUGCAGGCAGGAGCUCUGGAUCAAGGACGUCCUCAUGUUUGAGACCAAUGACCUGGUGGAGAGAUGCAACGAGAAGAAUUUUGUCCUCUGUCUGCUGGAGGUGGCUCGUCGUGGGUCAAAGUUUGGCAUGUUGGCUCCCAUGUUGAUCCAGUUGGAGGAGGAGAUCGAGGAGGAGAUCAGGGACCAGGAGAGCCUCCGGAUCGAUACAAGGGAGCCCGCGGAGCAGAGCCCACCCAGCAGGUGCUUUAGCAGGAAGGAGAGCAAUCACAGUGUGGUGGAGGACGAGGAGGAACCUGAUCCAGAGCCCUUCAUCUGGCCGCAGAAGAGAGUUUUAUGUGAUAUGCGAAAUUUGGAUGAGUUGGUACGUGAGAUUCUGGGUCGGUGUUCCUGUCCAGCUCAGUUUCCCAUGAUCAAGGUGUCAGAGGGGAAGUACAAAGUGGGAGACUCCAGUGCAUUGAUCUUCAUAAGGGUCCUCCGUACUCAUGUGAUGGUGCGUGUUGGAGGGGGCUGGGACACAUUAGAGCACUAUUUGGACAAGCAUGACCCGUGUCGCUGUGCUGCUUUUGCCCACCGUUACCACCAAGCUAAAGCCAGUGGCCAAGGCGCUCAGAGCAAGUCCUCGAGUGCCCACUCCUCCCGCUCAACCAGCCCGGGUCCACACUGGAGAAAUGAAGGCAUUGCACCUUACAAACCUCCUGACAGGCGCUCUUUAGAGCCCAAUUCUACUCCGAGUGCUGCUUCUUCCUCCUCCACACGGCACGGACGCUCCCAGAAUCCCUCUGCCCCCUCUGAGCCGGACUCCAGUUCAUCUCGUCCUCUACUCCCAAGGCCGCCUCGAGACCGCUCAGAACCCAGACACUUUAAUCCUCACAGGAAUAAGGACACAAUGUUACCAGUGACAAGACGUAUGUCUGGAGACAGUGACUCCUCUACAGCUUCCUCCAAGGGGGGAGGAGGAGGAGGAGGACGGCAGUCUCUUGGCGGUAUCUCGCGGCGCUCUGGUGAAGAGGUAGUCCUGCUCAUCAAUCGAAAGGAAGGAAAACAUUUGAUUGAGAGGAAUGCUGCUGGAAGUCAGUCACCUUCCACGCGUCCCUCACUUCCUCGUGCACGAAGCCAGUCUCGGGAUCGUUCUGCACUUGCUCAAAUCCUCAAACCCAACCCGCCACAAGGAUCCUCUGAUGGAUCACGACCAUCUCGCACUGAGAGGGGCCGCUCCCUUGCAAACGAUGGCCCCAGGAGGCUCCAUGGCCCACGUUCCCACAGCCAGAGUAAGAUUUCAAGCCGUACUCGGUCCAGUGAUGUCAGUCCAGGACCAGCUUCCUGCUACAGGGAACCUCAGCCCCCAGCAGACAGACGAGAGGAGCUUCGCGCCAAACAACUACCCCAAUCGUCACCCAGAGGGGGUGUUGGGUUCACCAAAAGGCAGUCGUCAUCGUGCUCUAACUCACCUGUUAAAGGAGUUCAGAACAAUACCAGCAGCACCAACAAGAAGACUAUAACUACUCCAAGACCACCUGCCCCCAGAUCCCCCUCCAUGGGAAGGGGCAGACUGCUGCCACCAGUCUCUUCAGGUGGUAGACGUUCACCACACUCAUCUCCCCGCAGUGCUCACCACCACGCUAUCCGCUCCCCUCGGCCUCUUCAGGGCCCACGCUCUGCUGGUCGAGGCCACCAUAGAAAUUUGUCUGGCCUGGAGCGCCAGGAAACUGAAGAGGAAGGACCCGGCCUUGGCUUCCAGAUGCUGCCAGAGCUGGAUCCCCAAAAAGAACAGGACCUGUAUCGCAGCUUUGAGGCUGAGUUUCUGGCCAAUACACAGCAGGUUAAAGGGGUGGUUAAUAAAGCCCCAGGGGGAGCUGGGACACAUUUAGUGCCAGGACCCACUGAUCCUAAUGUCACUGACUCUGCCUAUUCUUCCUCUAACUCCUCCUCUUCCUCCCUGAAUGUGGGGGCAAAGAUAGGAACUCUGCCUGAACUCAGGGAAUCCAAGAGAACUAAUCCCCGUCAUUUCCAACUGGAUGACCCACUAAAUCUACUUUAUAGACAAAAUUUGGGAGGAGCACCCAACUUUGGUCAGGGAGAACAUGAGCACUGGGGGGAGCGUGGAGGGGGGCUCAAGAAGCUCCCAGCCAUCUCUAGCUCCCUAGAAGAGAGGGAACUUCCAACUUCCCUGCCCGGUCUUGGAGACACAGAAUCAGACAGUUUGAUGAAUCAGGUCCCUUCACAGCCUGCUUUCAACUGUAGGAACAUGAAUGGAGACCAUGGGGGACUGACAUGUCAGCAGGGGCAGCUUGGCUGGGGUACAGGGCCUGAAGGAGACGUUCCUCUGGAGAAUGAUCAGGCAAACUUACCAUAUGACCUAGAAAAUGGAGAUGGCAGUGAUGAUCUCCCUCCUCCAGAGGCUUGUCCAUCACCGGUGGCCCUCCCUCCCUCUGAGGACUGCUCCUUCCAGGAUUCCUCUAGUGAAACCUCAUCCAUGUGCUUCAGCCUGAGUGAAUCCCAUUCCGAAUCCCCCCCACCAGCUUCACCUAUGACUAAUGGGGAUGGCCAAGUGCUGCAGACUAGGAAGGGCCAGAAAAAGUCAGACCGGGUAGACCCCAUCUCUAAGCACAAACUGAAAGGCGGGCUCAGACCUCGCACUGACAACAGGCCAGAGAACAGCCCCUCACGUAUCCCCACCCCAAGAAGCUACAGAGACACGCAGGCUCACGACAUAAUGUCCCCAUGCCAGACCCCACCAAUGUCUCCUCAGAGCUCACGCUCUGGUAGUCGUCCCACUACAUACAGGAACAUGCACCAGGCCUUUGCAGAUUUAAUCCAAACUCAACCCUGUUCCCCAGCCAUGGGGAACAAAGAUUGCUCCUAUCCUGGACAGUCAGCGAGCCUGGACUCUGAAGCUUGGAUGUAGUGAAACAGGGGGUUAUUACCAUGAACUUUGACUACUAUGUAAAAAAAAGACUGGGCUAUAGACUGUUUUCACUGCAUGUCUAACACUCCUUCUUUUUCACUUAGUGUCUCCCCUCACCUGCAGGGGUUCACGUUGCUUUUAUUUUGCACUCAAGCCAAAUUAUUUAUUACCAAAGGAAUGGUCUUUAUUAUUACUUUACUGUAAUGUUUUAUGUGUGCAUGGGGAUGCUUUUGCCAAUCAUUAGGUGUAUUUUUUUUUUUUUUUGCAGGACACUUGUGUGAAAUUCUCCUGGUUGAUACAGAGACAGAGAGAGAGCAUAUGUGCUGCCAUGUGCCCCACUGAGGGGCAUGGUGAAGUGCCAGGGAUUCAAAGCUGCAACUCUAUAAACAGUGAAAACACUAAACCUUUAGUCAGAUGGACUGGCUCCCUCUUGUGGUCUGCCACAGGAUUUCUGCUUGCCUUGAUAGUCAAAAUACUGAUAUAACUGUGAUAAUUUCAGUCUUUUGACAUUAUUGUUCUUCAUAUAUAACCCUAUGACUCAUAAUAUAUUCAGAUAACAUAGACAUAAGUACAUCCACCAUCCCCCUGACUUCUUAAAACAACAUACAUUACCAUUCUUUGUACAGUUGUCUGCUCUUAUUGAUGUCUGAUCUCAACUUUUCAAAAAAACAAAACAACGAUGUAGUCAUACAGGAUAGUUUUUGUUUUCAGUUGCCUAACAUGUUACAGGUUUAUAAUUUUAUGCAGUUAAAAAACGUAAACAGCUUCUUACUCUAAGUGGAUUUAAAAUACAAGAGCAUUAAAUAGUUGCUUUGUGUCACUGUCACUGAAACAGAAAUGUUGAGAGCUCUCCUUCUGACUAAACUGUUCUCUGGAUAAACAAUGCUACAAAGGUCUAGAGAAUGAAUGUGUAAAUACAUGUUGAUGUGCUCACUAAUAUUAGUGGGGUUGUUUUUUGUGUAUAUAAAGCAUUGAAUUUACAUUUUAAUGUACAUAUUAACUGUAAUUGGUUCUGUGCGGCCUUAGCUAUGCAAUAUUGGUGUUGAAAAUGCCUUGACAAUUCCCUUUGCCUUAAAAUUUAUGAGCAGAUUAGUUUUUAUUGAAUGUUUUUGCUCAACAUCACUUAGAUAUGUAAGUGGAAUAAAAGUGAGGAAUAUUGCCAAUUUAAUUACAGAUAUACUUGAUAUAGGUGUACAAUUCAUGCUAAAGACAUUUAAUUUAUUGCCUUUAUUUUGUAUUAGUUGUCUUGAAACACACAAAGCCAGAUAACCCAUUUUAAUCACAGAGAUUUCAGAGAUGGCACAAUCUAUAGUGACAUCUAGUGGCUAAGGAAAGAAACGUUUUAAUCAGAAAACUGGUGACUGGUGCAGAUUACAGCCAACAGAGCCAAUAACAUUGAUAUUAUAAGGAUACGUUUAGUGGGCAAAGAAGGCUUUGACUUAAGUUUCUGCCUGUAUUCAGCAAAGCAUAAGUAAUGGAUAAUGUAACUGGAUAUUGGGGUUCUUUACAGAAUGCUUGUGAAGACAUUGCGAAAGGCCAGAUCUCAACCAGGACAUUACUUCUGGUUUUGUUUUUUAACAGGUGUGGGCUUCAAUCUAUUUGAAAGUUGAAACCUGGGAAUUGAAGUGUUAGUGCCCUGCAGAAACCGAACAGCCCUCCACAAUAUCUUGUCAAUCAACAGAAGAAGGACAUUUUAGGACCUUUUUGCAGGGCGCUGACACAAUGAAAAGGCAAGAAAAUAGUGUGCAUACAUUUGUGUACAUACUGUAUAAGGAUAUGUACAGAGUAAGAGUGAAAAUGGAAGUGGUGUUGGUCUAAUUAAUUUAUAUUGUAAUUUAUAAAAGUUUGUCUCAUUGGGCUCAAGUGACAUCAGUUUCCAUAGUGCAGAUGAGUGAGCUGUAGGGAAAUUGACACAAGGUGGGAUUUUCACAACAGUUUACUGUAAAGCAACGCUAUCUCCUAGAGUGUCAUUUGAAAACUUGCAUGACCCUUGAGACAAACCAAUCACAAUUGGGCUGUUUUGCAAUAUUAAGAGAUUGAGUUAUUUCCUCAAUGCUAAAAAUAAUUUAUAAUAUAUCAGUAUUGUCACAGCUACAUGAAUCUUAUAUGUAGCUGGUUAUGAGUUUCACUUGUAUAAACAGAUUUUCAAAUUUAUCCUUAUUUUAAAUUUAAAUUUGUUUUGGCUUUAUAAAUAUAUCAGUGUUUUCAUCAGCUGUUGUUUUACAUCUACCAGUUAAGUGAACUGUAACAUGCCAUUUUGAUUAGUCGCACAAAAAGAGUGAUUGUCCAUGCACAGCCUGCUCUUUGUCCAGCACAACUUUGAACAUUUCAAGGAACUCUCUCUCCUUCUCUCUAUCCCUAAUCAUCGAAAUCUGAAUGUUCAUGAUCAGACAAAUAAUUGUUUGCUAAUGUUACUUUCACUAAACUUCAGUUUAAUGUACAGAUUGCUUGACAUUGUGGAAUUUUUACGUUAAAAAUAGCAAUACUGCAACAUUUCACUGUUUUUUGGGGUUGAAAAUGCUGUCAAGUUGUUCUUGUAAUAAAAAAAAUCCUCUAAAGUU